AUGCGCCCACAAGCGAAUCCCUUGAUUAUCGGAUCGGUGAAAAGCAACAUUGGGCACUCGGAGCCAGGGGCAGGUCUCUCGGGACUCAUCAAGGCAAUGUUGGCUGUCGAGGAGGGCAAAAUUCCCGGAAAUCCAACGUUCUUCAACCCAAAUCCUGCCAUCGAUUUUGAUAACCUCCGGGUACGUGCCACACGAGUAGGAGUUCCGUGGCCCAAAGAAUCAAACCACUAUAGACGUGCAAGCGUCAAUUCUUUUGGCUUUGGAGGCUCCAAUGCACAUGCCAUAUUAGACAACGCGGAUCACUACAUUGCAAAAUACCUGACACCACUCAAGAUACCCAGACCUUACAUUGGCUCUUAUAUCAACAUGUCCGACAUGUUGUCCUUGCUUGACGGACCGCGGUCAUCUAAAACAGUCACACAGCGUCCCCAAGUCCUGGUUUUCUCGGCCAAUGAUGUUGAUUCGUUAAAACGCCAAAUAGCGACGGUUUCAGCCCAUCUUCUCAAUCCUCGAGUCAAAGUCAAGCUUUCAGAUCUCAGCUAUACACUCUCGGAGCGGCGAUCCCGCCACUUUUUCCGUGCAUUCUUGCUAUGCUACCCAACAAAGAGUGGACAUGCCAGUAAGAUCGCAGUGGACGAGGCCCAGUUUUCCAAGACACCACAAGAGACAACAAGAAUUGGCUUUGUGUUCACGGGCCAAGGUGCGCAGUGGUCGCAAAUGGGGCUGGAGCUGGUCAGAACGUUCCCAGAGAUAGCUAAGCCCGUCCUCGAGCAGUUGGACAGCGUGCUACAGGAAUUGCCAGUAGGCGUCAAGCCAGAGGGGUCGCUGGUGGAAGAGCUAACGGAAGCCCGGUCCUCUCAGCACCUUAGCGAGCCAGAAUUCUCCCAACCUCUUGUGACAGCGCUACAGCUGGCGCAACUAGCCGUACUGGAGUCCUGGAAUGUGCGACCAGAAACAGUUAUAGGUCACUCUUCUGGUGAAAUAGCAGCUGCGUGUAGCGCAGGACUCAUUACACCCAGGCAAGCCAUUCUGAACGCGUAUUUCCGUGGACUAGCAGGUAAAAGUGCUUUGGCAACUAGUCCGAAGGGCAUGAUGGCUGUUGGGCUGAGCGCAAAGGACGUCCAGCCGUACGUCGAGGCCCUCGAGACCGCCAGAAGAGAUGUGGUAAUCGCUUGCUACAACAGCCCUGCUAGUGUCACCCUCUCUGGAUCUGCCUCCACAUUAGCGGAGCUGGAAGCGACCAUCAAGGCAGCUGGUCACUUUGCGCAAAUGUUGCGAGUUGAAGUGGCGUACCACUCGCAUCAUAUGACCCAGAUAGCAAACCGCUACGAGGAGCUACUAAACGAGCACGGAGGGCUUGAAGAUGGCGGCAAAGGAAGUACGAGCUCGAAUCAUAUGAUCUCAACUGUGACUGAGGGUGAGGUUACUGGAGCUCAAGUCUGUACCGCUGCAUAUUGGAAAGCGAACAUGCUGUCACCUGUCCGAUUUGAUGGAGCUUGCAAUAAGAUGUUAACAACCAAGAAACCCGCUCCCAAUUUCCUCAUAGAACUAGGACCAAGCAACACGCUGGCAGGGCCAGUCGCCCAGAUUGCCAAAGCAGCAAAGAUCGACCACCUCAUCUAUACUGCAGCGAACAAGCGUGGCCAACAAGAAAGCUCCCGCGCGAUUUUCGACGUUGCAGGCAACCUGUUCCUGCAGAAUGCCGACUUCUCACUUGACAAGGUGAACAUCCGCGACACUACACCGGAUAAGGUGAAGCCCGCGGUGGUCGUCGACCUGCCCAACUAUCAGUGGAAACAUUCUACCCACUACUGGCACGAGAGUUUGGCUAGCAAAGACUGGAGAUUCAAGAAAUUUCCGGCCCAUGACUUGCUCGGUAGCAAGGUUCUCGGCACCCUGUGGCAAAACCCUUCCUGGCACCGAAUGCUGCGGCUGUCCGAUGUGCCCUGGCUGCGGGAUCACCGGAUUGGAUCAGAAAUACUCUUUCCCGCUGCUGGCUAUAUUACUAUGGCCAUGGAGGCUGUUCGCCAAACCGCUUUGUCGACUGCGACAGGUCAAGAUCUGGAUGUCCUGAAGACGAGGAGUUACCGUUACUGCCUUCGGGAUGUACAAUUUCCUCGAGGAUUAGUGCUUGAGGAUGACGUUGAGGUCCAUAUCAUGCUUUUGCUAGUACCCAUGGCCAAGCUAGGGGAUGGAUGGUGGGAAUACAAAAUCACAUCCCUAGCAGAAUCGGAUUCAAUAGCAUCAUCAUCAUCGUCAACCCUGUCACCCGAGAAAUGGAACAUUAAUUCCACCGGAUUGGUUCGACUGGAGAUGAAUCCGGAUGCAUCAUUUUCUCGAGCACCAGAGGGCAUCUUCAGCUUGCCUCUGGAUAACCCGACGCCUGGGCAGAUGUGGUACAAGUCUCUAAAAGAAGUCGGAUACUCCUAUGGUUCCGACUUCCAGAAACUGGUAGCCGUCGAGGGCAUGGAGGGAAAGUCAACUUCGCGCUCUCUUAUCUCGUUGGAACCACCACGAUCCAAGUGGGAGCCUCAGUCCGAGUACCCACUGCACCCGGCUCCUCUAGACAGUGUCUUGCAGAGCAUGUUCCCCUCGCUUCAUCGUGGAAAUCGAACUACUCGUCCCCAGAGGCAUCGGGAGCUGACUGUCUCUGGUUACACCUGGAAGACAGGGGAGGGAGUAUCUGUGACCACCUGGAACAAUGUGUCGGGAGACGCGUCUUUGUAUGAUCCUGCCAAUGGGUCGCUAAUCAUGCAGCUCAACCGCGUGUCAUUCUCCCCCUUGUUGGAUGGUCGAGAAAGCGUUUAUAUGUCACAUAUAUAUAGUCAGUUGACGUGGAAGCCAGAUUUCCAACUUCUGGAUACAGAUGAGAAGCUCCAACAAGCACUGUCCGGCGUUGAUGACAAUGCUGAGUGCCAUAUACAGGAGAUCCUCGAUUUGGCAGCUCACAAGGCCCCAAAUUUGAGGGUUCUCGAGUUCAACCUCGUGCCGGGAAGUAUGGAAUCUCCGUGGCUUGCCGGAGAUCCAACACCGCGUCCGGUUCGCACUGCCCUUACCGAAUUCCACUUUGCUGCCAACAGCGCGGAUACUGCGCUCGCCGCUCAAGAGAAAUAUGCAGAGUGGCCAGCAGCGCGAAUUGCCCGCUUCAGUGUGCUUGAUCCAUUCAGUAAAUCUUUUACUGUACCAACAGGGAGUUCCAAGUUUGAUCUCGUGGUGAUCAGGUGGUCUCGACAUGGAAGCUCCAGCGAGCUCGAGACUCUCGCGGGCAACUUGCGCCGCCUUACUUCCGAGGGCGGCAGUGUGGUAUUCUAUGAUCCCGAACAGUCCAGUCCAUCAGAGGGUAAAAGUUUGAUGAACGGGAAUAAUCCUUUUCACGCUGCACUGCAACGCUCUGGUCUCACUAAGGUUCGCCAGACGAUGGGUGGGAGUUGCAUCGUUGCAGAGGUCAACCCCGAACAGACACCUUCUCUCAACAAUGAUUCUAGGGUGGUUAUUGUGCGUUUCUCAUCUGAGUCAUCCCCUUUUGUCAAUCACACCAUUUCUCAGCUGCGAGAAUCUGGCUGGAGCUUGACUGAGAUCUGCAUCAAUGAUGAAUCAGGCCAUGGGCUUUUGGAACUGCCGCCUAAAUCAACUGUGCUGGUUCUUGAUGAGUUGGCCCGGCCCUUGCUUGCCACAGAAACAGAGGAUGAAUGGGCCGCUCUCCAAGCGAUAAUACAGACAGAGUGUAACUUGGUUUGGGUGACGCACGGCUCGCAAAUCAAGCCUACUGCCCCGCUCAACGCCGUUGCUCAUAGCAUUUUUCGUACGGUCCGCGCCGAGGUACCCAUGAUUCGCAUUGUGACUCUGGACGUCGCGUCAGCUACACGAGAGAGUUUGAGCACAAACGCGUUUUCCAUCAAUAUGGCGCUAAAAGAGGUAACCUCAGUGGUGAGAUCCCAUCCAAUUGAGUGCGAGAUUGCUGAAAGAGGCGGUCUGUUGCAUGUCAGCAGGGUAUGGCCGGAUGCUGGGGUGAAUAAACGCAAGGUGGAAGACAGCAGAGGAGGCCCAUCACCUGUGAUAACUAAUUUCCAUGGCUCAAAGUCUGCCAUUCGCUUAGUUACAAGCAGACCUGGUAGUUUGGAAGCGCUACAUUUCGCGGAGCAAGGUCUAGAUGGGUCUGAAAGUCAAGUGAUGGGACCGGAUGAGAUUGAGAUCGAGAUGUUCGCCUCCGGGUGCAACUCCAGAGAUGUAGACGUGGCUAUGGGCCAUAUCUCUGAGCCCUCGGAUGCACUCGGCUUAGAGGGUGCUGGUGUGGUCGUCCGCGUAGGCGACUCCGUCAGCAGUCGCUAUGUCGGUCAGCGGGUGGCAGUGUUUGGCAGAGGCUGCUUUGCCAAUCGAGUCACCGUCUCAUGCAAGACUACCUUUCCCUUGCCUGAUGCUAUGUCAUUUGAGGAGGCUGCAACGCUACCAGUCGCAUUUCUCACCGGUUUAUAUGCACUUGGUCGUCUCGCACAUGUACAGGGAGAUGAUCGCGUCUUGGUCCAUUCAGCUUUUACAGAUGUGGGGAUCGCGUGCGUCCGACUCUGUCAGCGUUCUGGUUAUGAUACUUUCGCGACGGUGGGUAACCUGGAGCAGCGCAAUUUUCUGACUCAGGAGCUUGGACUGCCGGAAGAUCAUAUCUUCACGUCGGAGCCAGCAGCAUUUCCUCGCGCGCUACAUGACGCAACCAAGGGUCAUGGACUGGAUGUUAUUAUCAGUCAGCCUACAAACGGCAAUAUGGACUAUGAGAACGCGCGGUUACUUGCUCCUGGUGGACGACUGAUCCGGUUAACAAACGGAGGCGCCGAUAUUGGCAAUUUGCUGUCCACGGGAUCACUCGCUCCCAACUGUUCUUUCCAGAGCUUGGAUAUAACAGCUUUACCAAAGGAAACUAUCGAAUCUGUGUUCUCGGAGCUGUCUCAGCUCAUCGCAGAUGGCAAUGUGCCGCCCCUAUUACCACGCACCAUUUUUGGUUAUGAAGAGAUACCCAAGGCACUUGGACUUCUUCGAGAAGGUACUCACGUCGGAAAGAUCGUUAUUUCAGACGACCGUGGCACGAAGCUUGCUGUUCCGACCCGACCUGCAACAACUUUGGCACAGAUUAUUCUUAAUCCUGAUCACUGUUAUUUCUUUGUGGGGGGUUUGAAAGGUAUCUGUGGCAGUCUUGCCAUCCAUCUGGCCUACCACGGGGCCAGGCACAUUGCCGUCAUGUCCCGCAGUGGGUAUGGAGACAGGGUAUCUCAGGGCAUCGCUCGAAACAUCAGAACACUGGGGUGUUCUCUUGACUUGCUUCAAGGCGACGUCACUUGUAUCAGCGACGUCAGGCGGGCUUUUAGCCAAGUCUCGGUUCCCGUUGGUGGAAUCAUCCAAGGAGCUGCCGUAUUCAGAUCUCUCUCGAAACGAAACAACCCAUCUCAUUCUUCACCAUGCUGUCAUUCCAUCUCUGGCGUGAUAGGCCAGAAGGGACAGGCCAACUACGCUGGUGGUAAUGCAUUCGAGGACGCCUUUGCAGAGUAUCGCCGCGCAUCGGGACUUCCCGCUAUUAGCAUCGACCUCGGACCUAUAGAAGACGUCGGUGUCAUUCACGGUAACGAAGAUCUACAGAACAGGUUUGACAGAAGCACUCUGCUUAGCCUCCAUGCGGGUUUGCUGCGCCGAAUCUUCGACUACUCUAUCCUUCAACAGCAUCCUGAUCCACGUCACCGUCUGAAUCUCGCCAGUCAAGGCCAAAUGAUUACCAGUCUACUUGUUCCUCAGCCUGAAGACAGCGAUCUGCUCAGAGAUAUCCGCUUCAGGGGCUUGCGAGUCCUCGGAGCGGAUGGUCCACGUUCACGAGGGGACCCUAGCAAAGAUAGAGAGGUACAGAGCCUCUUGUUUCUGGCCCAAUCCCAGGGUCCCGAGCAUGCAGCCGUGCGGGCCGUAGCUAUCACGGUUGUCGGUGCGCGGUUGGCAAAGCAGCUUCGCAUAACUGAUGCGCUAGACUCGGCACGUCCCUUGUCGUACUACGGUUUAGACUCACUGGCGGCUGUAGAGCUACGUAGCUGGGUGCGUAUGACAUUGGGGAUAGAGCUCACCACAUUGGAUGUAAUGAAUGCGGCCAGCUUGGGAGAACUGUGUGAUAAGGUUAUCGGGAAAAUGGGAGUUGUCAUGUAG